UUUACGAAAACCUUACUUGCACUACUAAAAUGAUUGCUGAAACACUUCAAAAAGAUGACGGAUUUUCGGUAAAAACGUCGGACUUCCCCGAAAACAUCAAUCCUAUCAGAGAGGAGUGGAUUGGCAGAAUUCUAAGAGAAAAACCAAAAGAUGUGUUGAAAACACGACAGAUUUACUAUUCCUUACUCAACAAUGGAAAAUUAGCUGCCAAACUGAGUAAACCAAAGUCACUAGAAAACGAUCAUUUGACAAACUGGAAGCCAAAUUCAAUUAAAUUGCCUCUGAAUUUUGAGCUGAUACCUGAUCGAAUACUUCACAUAAAUAAACCACCGCCAGAGAGGGAAAAAUUGUACAAACCAACGGGUAACGAAAUUCAACCAACCAUAUCAGGAGAACAUAAUGAGAAUAAUAACACAGUUGUUUUUCAAUACGAACCAAUGAUUGGAAAAUUUUUUACCGCUUCUAAAUCUCAUGAAAGUGUUGGUCAACCAAACAAUUUAUUAAAUGAUUCUAAAUUUUUAAAAUUUGAAUCACGUUUUGAAAGUGGUAACUUAUCAAAAGCUAUAUGCACUGGUCCUUAUGAAUAUGAACUUUAUCUACGACCAGAUUUAUAUACAAAAAAAUAUACACAAUGGUUUUAUUUUCGUGUGCAAAAUACAGAGAAUUAUAACAAUUAUAGAUUUACAAUUGUAAAUUUUUAUAAGUCUACUAGUUUAUUUGCACAAGGUAUGAGACCAUUAAUGUACAGUGAGAAAAUGGCUAAAUUAACUGGUAUUGGAUGGCAACGUGUUGGUAGUGAUAUAAAUUACUAUCAAACAAAAUAUAUGGAAUCUACUGACAAUAAACUACAGUACAAAAACAAACCACAAAAGGAUGAUACUUCUAAAUUACAUCAGACAUAUUCACUAACAUGGAAAUUCAAAUUCCCCUAUCCAAAUGAUAUUGUAUACUUUGCUGCAUGUUAUCCAUACACAUAUACCCAACUUCAAGAAUAUUUAAAUAAAUUAGCAUUAAAUUCGUCAAUUAAGAGAAUAUGUCAACAGACAACCCUUUGUUAUACAUUAGCUAAUAAUCCAGUACCUUUAUUAACCAUUACAGAGCCAGAUGAUUAUGAUGAACGUAAUAGUGGUGAUAAUAACAAUGUUGAUCAAGUUCGGAAUAAGUCACGUUCAGAUUUUCAAGCACAACCUACUGAUGAUGAUGAUGAUAAUAAUAAUAAUAAUAAGCCAAUGGAGAAGAAACGAUGCGUUGUAAUUACAGCACGUGUACAUCCUGGUGAAACACAAGGUAGCUGGAUGAUGAAAGGUUUAUUGGAUUUUCUUAUAAGUACAGAUCCAGAUGCUAAGGUAUUAAGAUCUAAUUUUGUGUUCAAAUUAAUUCCAAUGUUAAAUCCUGAUGGAGUAAUUGUAGGAAAUUAUCGUUGUUCAUUAUCAGGUUGUGAUUUGAAUCGUAAAUAUACAUCUAAUUUAAAACGUUUCUUUCCUACAAUUUGGCAUACUAAACAAAUGAUUAUAAAUGUCAUGAAACAGUAUGAAGUUGUUGUUUAUUGUGAUCUACAUGGACAUAGUCGAAAGCAACAAAUGUUUAUAUAUGGAUGUAAAAGUCAAACCCCUGAAAAACAGUAUUAUUCACGUAUAUUUCCUGCUAUGUUAAGUAAAAAUAUACCAGAACUGUUUAAUUACGACAAAUGUAAAUUUGCUGUACAAAAAGAAAAAGAAGGAACUGGACGUAUUGUAAUGUGGAGAGAAGGAAUUAUAAAUAGCUAUACUUUAGAAGCAACAUUUUGUGGUACAGCUGGUAAUGAUUUAGAAGAAGGUUAUCAUUUUAAUUCUUUGGAUUUUGAGAAAAUGGGUUCACAUUUUUGUGAUACAUUGCUAGAUUAUAUUGAUCCAGAUCAUAAAAAGAUGGAACAUAUUAUGCAAUAUUUGAAAAAUCGUUUGGUUUCUAUGAAAGUGUCUAAAACAAAUGAAUUUGAAGAUGAUAAACUUUCGUCUGAUGAUUCAAUGAGUGACAGUAGUGAUGUUGGAUCAGAUAGUUCUAAUUGUGAUGAGUUACCUGCAUAUUAUGCAUAUGUUUUACAAAAAUCAAAGAAAAAAGGUAAACGUAAACGAAGGAUGACACAGAAGCGUGAAAUAAAAUCGUUCAAUAAAAAAGAAACACAACCUAAGAAGGAUGUGCCAACAAAUCACUGUAUUGCAUGUUGUAGAGAUUUGAAUUUAACUGAAGAGUCAUCUAAAUCAGGAAAACAAAUACAGAACAAUUUAGAAUCUAAAAAAUCAUUGCAAAAAGAACAUAAUUAUUAUCGAAUAUUUUCAAGAAAUCAACAAAAUGGUUACGUCUCAGAUGGAGUUAUUUCUUUUAAAAGAAAUUACAAAAAUUCAAAUUCAACCUUCGAUAAUCAUAGAGAACCAGAUAUGGUUUGUUUGAAACCAUACAAUAAACAGAGUUCUAAUCAAACUUCAACACUAUCUCAGGAAACAUUACAGGAAGAUCAUGCUGGCGGUCGGAAUAAAUAUUAUACAAGAAGAGAAAAUUUUAAACAAAUACAACAUAAUUUAAUAAAUCAAGAUUUAGAUUUACCAAAAAUCGAUAUUGGAUCUAAUUGUUUCAUUCAUCAAUUGAUUCAUUUAAGAAGAACACAUUCAGCACCAAUUGAACAUACUUUAAUGAAUAAUAAUAAAAAGUUUAAUUUAUCUAAAUUAAAUUAUCAUCAUAGAAAACCUCAUUAUGUUUCUGAUUAUAACUAUUCAAAUAUAUAUUAUGAUUAUCUAACUAAUCAUUCAAAUAAUACUGUUAUUAAAGAUAUGGAUCAAAAAUGGAUGUUAUUGAAGAAUAAUAUUAAUGUUAAUCAAAAUGAAGAAGUAACAAAGAUUCCUUCCAUUAAACAAUGCAAUAAUCAAAUUUUAUUAAAGAAUGAACAACUUCGAAGAGUUUCAAAUACCUCCUCAGUAUAUAGUUCUAACUCUAAUAAUCAUAAUAAUAAUAACACCUUUCUCAAUAUAACCAGACAUUAUUCAUCUAAACCAUCAACCAUAAUGCAUACAAUUAAUAAAACAACCUUAUCACAUCAUCUACAAAAACAUUUAAAUGAAUUGAAUACCAUCAAUAAACGUAUUAAUCCUUUGGAUUAUUCAAUUAGCUUAAAAUCAAAUGAGAUUUUAUCACAUCAUUUAAAUAAUAAGCUAAAAAUGCAAAGUAUAAAAAAAUUUAAUUAUGAGCCAAAAAUUCACGAUGAAAACUCAUUGAAUACAAUCAUGUUAGACGGGAAACCUAUUCAUAUAUUCAAUAAGAAAUCAACAAUUUCUACAUAAAAUCAAUAUAAAAACUUUAAAAUAGAUCAAUAUAUUUUUUUCAUAUAACUUUUUUUUCUAACGAAUAUUCUAGUUUGUACAAUCAAUUAAUUAAAUGGAUAAAGAUAGAUGGUGGCUAACAGUAGAUUCAGUAGUUA